UCCCCAAAACCAAGGAUACAAAAAUCCUGAUGCAACUUAAUCAUCGCUUUCUUUGAAAACUUCAGUACCUGCAGUCACAGUCCCUUGAUAUUCUCCUGGCUUUCUACUCUAAAACCCGCCAAAAUCGGCAGAAUCAAAUUGAGACAAGAUUGGGCGUGGAAACUCGGAAGCCAGAAGAGAACGGAAGUCCGGUGGCAGAAUUUGUGAUAUGAAAUGGACCCAAUUGUAGCAACAAAGGAGCUAUCAUUUCGUGUCGGUUUUUCCGGUCACAGCGGUCAUCUCAGGGUCGAGCCUCUUUCAACUGUCGAGCGCUCCAACCCGAUUCGAUCGCUCCCGGAUUUCAUACUUCCACCUGCAUUUCCUAAGGAAACUCCUGAAACGAUAAAGAACUACAUAGAAGAGACUUAUCUCCAGCCAAGGUUAGACCCCGAUGAAUUCUCCCCUGAAAAAGUGGGAAGACAGUGGGAUUUUGAUUGGUUUGAAAUGGCAAAAAUAUCCUUGGAUCCAUCUCAGCCAAGAUCUGUCAUGGUUCCUACAUGGGUGUUGCCAUUUGAACGCCCCAAGAAGGAUGGAACUGCAGGAGGGACGUGGGAACCUGAUUCUCUGCAGGUGGAUGUUUCCGAGUUAAACGUGGAGACUCAGGAUUCUGGUUCACAGCCACGAGUGCCUGGACCAGCAAAAGAUUUUGUAAGGGGAAGCAUAAAUAAUCGUCCUUUUCGACCUGGGGGUUUGGACGAUUCCCAAUCUAUUGAUAGAAUUCUUCCUGAUGCAGCUUCUAAUGGUGAGUGGGUUCAUGAAGUUCUAAAUGGUGGCCCUGCUCAAUUUGUUCCACCUAUUUUAAAGCAAGGAUUGGACCUUGGUGAUCUCAAGGAAUAUCCUAACUCGUGGAAUGUUUAUGAGGACCAACGUUCAUCUUCAUUCAAGACCUCACCAGUUGAAAACCUGCAGAGUGAAUUGUCUGUACAAUUUGAUGAUUUGUUCAAGAAGGCCUGGGAAGAGGAUGCCAUAGUAUCUGUGGAAGAUGGUGUGUGUUCUGGUCAAUCACCGAAAGCAGAAUCUAUCAAGUCAGAAGCUCAAGUAAAUGAGCUCGAAGCCAUUAGCAUUGCACCUGCACCUGGAAUAUCUGCGUUGGAUGAAAUUUUGUCCCUUGAAUCUGGAGGAUUGUCAUUAAGACCCGAUCAAGCUACUGAUGGUGGAGGACAAAAGAGGGAGGCUUGGGUUGUAGUUGGUGACCGUGAAGAGAUCUCUUUGCGCUUUCAUGAGCUUGUACCUGAUAUGGCCCUUGAUUUUCCUUUCGAAUUAGACACUUUUCAGAAGGAGGCUAUAUAUCAUCUUGAAAAGGGUGAUUCUGUAUUUGUUGCUGCACAUACUUCGGCUGGAAAGACUGUUGUUGCAGAGUAUGCAUUUGCUCUAGCCACCAAACACUGUACCAGGGCCGUAUAUACAGCUCCCAUCAAAACCAUCAGUAAUCAGAAGUAUCGAGAUUUUUGUGGGAAAUUUGAUGUUGGACUUCUGACUGGCGACGUUAGCCUGAGGCCAGAGGCUUCUUGCCUUAUAAUGACCACCGAAAUAUUAAGGUCAAUGCUUUAUCGAGGUGCUGAUAUUAUUCGUGAUAUUGAAUGGGUUAUAUUUGACGAGGUGCAUUAUGUCAAUGAUAUUGAAAGAGGUGUUGUUUGGGAAGAAGUUAUCAUUAUGCUUCCAAGACAUAUCAAUAUUGUCCUUCUUUCAGCCACGGUUCCAAACACAAUCGAAUUUGCUGACUGGAUUGGUAGGACGAAGCAAAAAAGAAUUCAUGUCACUGGGACUUCCAAAAGACCAGUACCUCUGGAGCAUUGCAUAUUUUAUUCUGGUGAAUUGUAUAAAAUAUGUGAAAGUGAAAUUUUUUUAUCUCAUGGAUUAAAAGCUGCCAAAGAUGCAUCCAAGAAAAAAAGUUUGAGUGUUGUUGGCGGCACUGGUGGAUCUCAUGUUGGGGCUUCAGUUGCAAAUGACGGAGCAAGGAAUCGAAAAAUUGAAAGUUUUAAUCGAAGUAAACAGAAUAAGCAUUCGGGUUCCCAGAAUUUAGGGAACUUUUCAGGAACAAGUUGGGGAAAUCAAAAGAAUGGAGAUGGCCAAAACAAUUGGGGAUCAAGGAGAUCAGAUGCUUCUUUGUGGUUGUUACUUAUUAAUAGGCUCUCUAAGAAAUCUCUAUUACCCGUGGUUAUAUUUUGCUUCUCAAAAAAUCGUUGUGAUAAAUCAGCUGACAGUAUUUAUAGUAUUGACCUCACUAGUAGUUCUGAGAAAAGUGAAAUUCGCGUCUUCUGUGACAAAGCAUUUUCUCGUUUAAAGGGAUCUGAUAGAAGCUUACCUCAGAUUGUUAGGGUUCAAGGACUUCUUCGUAGAGGGAUUGGAGUGCAUCAUGCAGGUCUCCUUCCAAUUGUUAAAGAAGUUGUUGAAAUGCUAUUUUGUCGUGGUGUGAUAAAGGUCUUGUUUUCAACAGAGACGUUUGCGAUGGGAGUUAAUGCACCAGCAAGAACGGUUGUUUUUGACACCUUAAGGAAGUUUGAUGGGAAGGAGUUCAGGCAAUUAUUACCAGGGGAAUAUACCCAAAUGGCGGGUCGUGCUGGUAGAAGGGGACUGGAUAAAAUUGGUACUGUCAUUGUAAUGUGUCGAGACGAGAUUCCAGAAGAGAAGGAUUUGAAGCAUGUGAUAGUUGGAACUGCUACCAAGCUUGAAUCUCAAUUCCGUUUGACCUAUAUUAUGAUCCUACAUCUUCUUCGGGUGGAAGAGCUAAAGGUGGAAGACAUGUUGAAAAGAAGUUUUGCUGAAUUCCACGCACAGAAGAAACUCCCUGAAAAGCAGCAACUUUUAAUGCGAAAGCUAGCUCAACCUACAAGAACAGUAGAAUGUAUUAAAGGUGAGCCAACCAUUGAAGAAUACUACGAGUUAUAUGCUGAAGCUGAGAAGCCUAGCAACCAGAUCUCAGAAGCAGUCAUGCAAUCGUCUGCAAUUCAACAAUUUCUUACUCCUGGAAGAGUGGUCAUUAUAAAAUCACAGUCUGCCAAAGAUCACUUACUUGGAGUCAUUGUCAAAGCCCUUUCUAUAGUUAGCAGGCAAUACAUUGUUCUGGUGCUGAAACCUGAUUCACCACCUGUCCAAAGUUCCUCAAGUGGUGAUUUAGAAAAGAAAAUGGAGGAUUUGUCCCAAGGCUACUUUAUGGUACCAAAAUCAAAACGCGGUCUUGAAAAUGAUUAUUAUUCUCCAUCAACACGUAAAGGAUCUGGUGUUGUGAAUAUAAGAUUACCACAUGCUGGUGCAGCAGUGGGCGUAAGUUAUGAGGUUAGAGGAGUCGAUGCCAAAGAAUUUUUGUGUGUAUGCAGUAAAAAGAUAAAAUUAGAUCCAGGCAGGCUUCUUGAAGAAGUAAGCAAUGUUGCUUACUCCCAGACAGUUCAACAGCUUUUGGAUAUAAAAUCUGAUGGGAAGUACCCUCCGGCCUUAGAUCCAUUAAAAGACUUGAAGUUAAAAGAUGUGAAUCUUGUGGAGGCGUACAAGGAUUUGACUGACAUAUCGCUAAAGAUGGUAGUUAACAAGUGCCAUGGGUGUAUAAAAUUGGGGGAGCACCUGAAAUUAGCAGCAGAGAUAAAGAAACACAAAGAGGAAGUCAAUAACUUGAAGUUUCAAAUGUCAGAUGAAGCACUUCAACAAAUGCCAGACUUUCAGGGCCGGAUUGACGUUUUGAAGGAAAUUGGCUGUAUAAACGCUGACCUGGUUGUUCAAAUCAAAGGUCGGGUUGCCUGUGAGAUGAACUCUGGGGAGGAGUUGAUCUGUACAGAAUGUUUAUUUGAGAAUCAAUUGGACGACCUUGAACCAGAAGAAGCAGUGGCAUUAAUGUCUGCUUUUGUGUUCCAGCAAAAAAAUACGUCCGAACCUUCCCUUACCCCAAAGCUGUCUAUGGCUAAAAAAAGUGUGAUGCCGCCUCAAAUGGACAAUUAGUAUUGAUCUUGGAACAAGGAAAAUCCACCACCUAAUCCCUCAAUCUCUCCUGGAAAGCGCUGGACUGGUUGGUAUCCUCCUUCAAUAUGCUCCAUCGAGAUCCAUGCAAUUUCAAGUUCUUCAAGAAGUUCAAUGAUGCAAAUGCCACACUCUGGUUGGGAAAACACAGUAACAAAAAUGGUUACUUUGCUGAAUAACCCACUUAUACCACACGGGGCGCCGAACCAAGCUUUUUAUCCUAUCAGAAGACCAAAAAUAGGGAUGGUUCUCUUUCUUCUCUUUGAUCUCCGACUACAAGAUUGAUUCGUUGGAUUUACUUUGCUGAAUUAACCCACUUAUACCACACGGGGUGCCGAAUCAAACUUUUUAUCCCAUCAGAAGAUCAAAAAUAGGGAUGGUUCUCUUUCUUCUCUUUGAUCUCCGACUACAAGAUUGAUUUGUUGGAUUUCCUUUUUAUUUCUCUUGUAAUAUUGGAUGUUUAAUAUGUAUAUAUUUAUCAUUUAUGUCUGUGAAAGAAAGCCAAGUACUCCCACUUCAGCUAAGUGGUACCAACUCACAUAUUCUUCAUCUUGAACACCCCUUUUUGAAGAUGUUAUGUUUUGCAAAUGGCUUGAGUUCUUCCUUCAAGCAUACUACCAAUUUGGAGACUUUAUCUUUGAUCUUAGCAACUGCUUUGGCCUUCCACUUUGAUACUUUUACUCACCUAGGCGACUUCUUCAAUCCAUUCGAAUUGGGGUUCAUGAUAGCCAUUAACAUUCUCAUUCUCUCUCGGACUUUCCAAUUGUUUCUAAACUGAUGGAUAUUAAUUUAACUAAUCAAAAUUUGCUAUCAUUGUUGCUUGCUCAAAUGUACCUUUGUACCUACCAUCUGCAGCUUAAUUGGCAUCCACCGUCUCUUUGAUCUUUUGGCAACACGGAACUGACAUCUGUACAAUGAAAUCUUUGUGAUCAAUUGCCACUGGGAUCCUAACCUGAGUUUACAUUGGCGAUUACUAAACUUAUAACUGGAACCCUCAUCAUUCAUCUACCAGUAGAGAUGAGAUUUAUCUUCAUCCUAGGCACAAACCUGACAUUGCGUAGUACUAGCAUUUCUCUACACUCCAUUUUCAGAUUAAUAUCCCAAAUUCUAAUGAUCUUUGAAACUCCACCUUUCUCCAUCCUCACUAGACUAUGAUGUUCUAAUGUGAAAGAUGUAAACAAAUUUCAUAGCUGAAAGUUACACUAUUAAUUGUCCAUUCAAAUCAGUGGCUACUCUUAUCCGUGUUACUCAACACAGGAACAAACAUCAUCAAUUUCAUCAACUUCAACAAUAUUUGCCCCUGCUUUUUUUUUUUUUUUUCUUUUCUUUUCUGUUCCUCUUUCAGUUUCUUACACUGACUUGUGACCUUUCUUGUGACAUUUAAAAACUCUCUUUAUUUCUAUUACUCCAUUUUUUCUUACCGCUACUCGGUCUAUCAUUUUUAGAAUUUAACUUGUCUUUACUUUUAUUCACAACCAACCUACUGCAGAUUCUUUACUAUUGUCCUUUCGAAUUUCCUUAGCUAUAUCUAAAUCACAAAUUCCUGAAAACUUCAAAAUGUUAUCUCCAAUCAAAUUACACAUUACUGUCUUCAUUGUUUCCCAAGGCAAAGACAUUAACAACUAAAAUACACUUCAUCAGUAAACUCUACUGUUUGAAGCAAUAAUUUGUAUGAAAAUAACAAUCUCGAUUGAUACAAAUUGGCACAUUUUGUAAAUAAGUUCAAAGUAUCAUUUAAAAAAUCCUUUAAUCAUUUUUUUUUGUAAACAUUUGUUUUUAUAUAUACUUCGUCAGUAUUCUUGCAAUAUAACAAAAUUAAUACAUGAUUUCAUGAUGAGCAGCUCCAAAUUCCGUUGCAUUGCCUUACAUAUGUUGUU